AUGGCUGCACCUACGUCUCGACCUCUAGAGUACCUGGAGGGUCUGCCUGGUGCGACCUUUCUUCAGUUGUACAGGCAACCAUCUACUGCACUCGCCAUUUUCCGGCGCAUGCUGCCUGAUUUGGCAAAAUGUUUUGUCAUGGCCUUGCUAUAUUUGAAGGACCCCCUUCCUACAGCUGAUCUCGAAAUUUGGGUCAAGGCCGAAAGCAAGAAACAGCGAGAUAAUGCCUUAUCGAUCUUAGGCCGGCUUCAUAUCUUGUCCACCACUCGAACCGAAGACAAUGCUCGGGCUUACAUGGUCACCAAUCCAUUCGCGUCAUCGCUCCGUCAAGCUCUCACUGGCUCCGAGGACACCCAGUCCUUUGGUGUCUUUUCCCAGAUUCCAGACGAAACUAAAGUCUCAAUCCACGAUUUGGACGAAUACGGUCGACGACAAUGGGAAGGCGUCUUGGGUUACAUGGUCGGAACGAGUGCUCUCACUGGAAACCGUGAUAUGGUGAACCUGAGCAAGGGUGUGAAACAAUUGCUUCAAGCUGGUAAUCUCGUUGAAAUCAGGGGCGGGCGCGUGGAUAUCACAAAGGAUGGGUUCGGUUUUGUGCUGCAAGACGUCAACACCCAGGUUUGGCACAUCAUGAUUCUCUACGUCGAGAGUGCCCAUUCCCUCGGCAUGGACAGCGUCGAGGUGCUUUCAUUCUUGUUCUUGCUCAGCAGUCUGGAACUGGGCCAGUCCUACGAGAAGGCGGGAAUGACGUCCACCCAACUCCGCACUCUCACCGACCUAUCGGAUUUUGGCAUCAUUUACCAAGAAACUCCUGAAGCAACACGUUUUUACCCCACACGACUAGCCACAACCUUGACUUCUGAUUCAAGCGCACUGGGUACCCCAGGUUCUGGUUCCUUGACUGGACCUGGCGGUCAGACAGGCGGCUCGAGCUCGGGAUUUAUCAUCAUCGAAACCAACUACCGCCUAUACGCAUACACGUCAUCCCCCCUCCAGAUCUCGCUCAUCUCCCUCUUUACGAGUCUGAAAUACCGCUUCCCUAACUUGGUGACGGGAAAAAUUACCCGUCAAUCGGUGCGCCGAGCUAUUGACAUUGGUAUCACAGCCGACCAAAUUAUUUCUUACCUGCACUCGCAUGCCCACCCGCAGCUGCGGAAACAAUAUGCCGCGGCAAACAACACAUCUCUUCUACCGUCCGUGCUUCCCCCCACUGUCACCGAUCAGAUUCGUCUUUGGCAGCUUGAGCGUGACCGUCUCAGGGCCACAGCAGGCUUUCUGUUCAAAGACUUCACCAAUUCGGCUGAAUAUGAAGCCCCUUGCAGAUACGCUGCGGAGAUCGGUGUAUUGGUUUGGAAGUCUGAUAAAAAGCGCAUGUUCUUCGUCUCACGCCAUGAACAGGUAGCUUCUUUCCUCAGGCAGCGGAGAUAG